AGCCAUUGGCUGGGGACCUUAAGGGCUGGGGCUUAAAGCCACGAGCAAGUGAAUUAUGUGCAACUCCUAGCUGACUGGGGCAUUCGGAGCUUAGUGGAGCGGAGCCGAGGAGAGUAGGCAGAAGCCGAGUGGAGCAGGACACCACGAGGGAGCCAUGGAGAAUGAGUACAAGUAUGAGGAUUAUAAGAAAACAGCUGAGUGGCUUUUAUCCCUCACUGAACAUCGGCCCCAAAUAGCAGUGAUCUGCGGUUCUGGAUUGGGGGGGUUGGCAAAUAAAGUGACCCAAUUGCAGGCCUUUGACUACAGUGAGAUACCCAACUUCCCUCAGAGCACAGUACCAGGUCAUGAAGGGCGAUUGGUAUUUGGAUACUUAAAUGACAAAUGCUGUGUGAUUAUGCAGGGUCGAUUCCACAUGUAUGAAGGCUAUGCACUCUCGAAGGUGGCAUUCCCUGUGCGGGUUUUCCAACUUAUGAAUGUGCAUACGUUAAUUGUCACCAAUGCUGCUGGUGGACUGAACCCCGAAUAUGAAGUUGGGGAUAUUAUGCUGAUCCGAGAUCAUAUCAACUUGGCAGGUCUCAGUGGCCAAAAUCCACUCAGAGGACCCAAUGAUAGAAGAUUUGGAGAAAGGUUUCCUCCCAUGUCUGAUGCUUAUGAUCGAAUUUUGAGAGAGAAGGCCCAUGGUAUAUGGAAAAAAAUGGAUCAACAACGACCACUUCAUGAAGGAACAUACGUUAUGGUGGGAGGCCCCAGCUUUGAAACCAUUGCAGAGUGUCGGUUUCUGCAGAAAAUAGGGGCUGAUGCUGUGGGCAUGAGCACGGUGCCAGAAGUGAUAGUGGCUAGACAUUGUGGCCUUCGGGUCUUUGGAUUCUCCCUCAUUACAAACAAAUCAAUCUUGGACUACGAAACCCAUGAGACUGCCAAUCAUGAAGAAGUACUGAUGGCUGGGCAGGAGGCCGCCAAGAAGUUGGAAGAAUUUGUCUGUAUUCUUGUGAAAAACAUUCAUCCACCAUCCGAAAAGACUUUUUGACCUUUCCUUCCCUGCUGCCUACUUUUCAUUCCAGAUAGUGACCACUUCUAAUCCUUGCUGAGCCACUUAGCUCCCUGAUAGAAGAACUGGGUAUUUCAUCUCCUUGGAAUAUCUACUCAUCCUAUUAGACCUCCCCCUCCCCCCAAUGUUAUCUAAUUCUCUUUCUUAUUCCUUUGGUCCCUUCCCUCUAAAGCUGGAUCAUUCCAUUGUAAUUCCUAACCCACAGACCACAUUCUUCAUUCCACCUCUAGUGGAUGUGAGGAUUAAGCCCACAUUGCACUAAAGCUGCUGCUAAUAAUUUGAAAGGACUACUAUUCUUAAUAUUCCCUGGGGCAUAUUCUCUGCCAUGCUAUGACUUCUGAGACUUUGGUCCCAGACCAGUGUGUUUUACAAAUAGUACUAUGCAGGAAUAAAAAGAUAGCCAGACAAAACUGUUUCUGCUUUUCUGUGCAGGGUGGGGAUAAAUAUAGUUUAAGCUCCAAGAAUAUUGUAUCGAAAUAUGGAUUGAAGUAUGAUGAUGACAGAGGGGUAGCCUACUUUCUCAGUUAAUAGUAUGUUUCAGUACUUGUGUAUUAGUAAAUUGUGCUCAGGACAUUAAUAGGCAAGACAGGGAGCUACGUUUUCUUUUUAUGUAGGGCUGCUUUUUAAUGUGUAGACACAUUAAGUGCCACUGUUAGGUGUUUUCACCCUCUUAAUGCACUAUUAUUCCCUAUUAUGCUCAUCUGUUUCCCUGGCUGAAAAUGUUUAACCCACAUUCCUUAACCAGGCAUUGAAGACCAUUAACCUUAUCCACACUAUCCUCCUCCUUGAGGAAUCCUAAGAUAAUUCCUCUGAUACCUCUUCUGGAAUGGUAAUUGCCUAUGGGAUUUUGAAUUCCUUUUUUCUGUUGAUGAAUAGCCCGAGUAACCUUUCAACCUUUUUUUCCUGGCUCUUAAAUGUUGCACUAUAUUCUAUUCUAUUGUGUAUGUAUCUCACAUCCCUCUAACAACCAAAUGCCUUUGGAUGAUAGAUCUUUUAUCUCUCUCCCUCUGAAAACACCUAACAGUGGCACCCCCAAAUUAGGACAGUAUCAGUUUAAAAACUUGGAAAAUAGUCCAACUGGAGGCCUGAACUAAGCUGGUGUCAGUAUUAAUAGAAAAGAGUAAUACAUUCAAGAGGCAGUAAAGGUAGACUCCAUAAGACUUGGCAACUGAUUUGGGAGGUUGGGAGAAAGUUAAAAAUGAUCCCAAAGAUUCUGGUCUUCAGAAAGUUGGGAAAUAAUGGUGCUAUUAAAUGGAAAUGUGGAAAAAGGGUGAAUUUUAUGGGGAAAAGGAAUGAAUUGUUUUGAACUGGUCUAUAAUGUCUAGUUGUAACUGCAUAGCAAGCAGAUAAGAGCUAUAUACAGGGAAUGGUCAGAAGUGGAGAUAGAUUUGUGAUACAUUUGUAUAGGUCAAUAGUUCUGGGAAUAGAUGAGGCCAAGAAUAAAAGGUUCAUGGGGUGGAGGUGGGGCAAGGAUGGAAUCAAGUUAAUAGUUAAGGGGUGGGAGGUGGUCAUAGGGGUCAGAUUUUGCAUAAAGAUAAGGAUGAGGACUUAGAAAAGUCUCAUUUGGUUUGGCAACUAGUGUUAUCCUUUCCCCUUUCCCCCAGGACUAGUAUCCCUUUCAUGCUACCUUAUGGUAGGUUAGAACCUCUACCCUGUGUGCCUCUGGUUCCUAGCCUAUGCUCUGACCCCUUUAUCUAGAAAAAACAUACUUUUUCCAGCUAACUAUUAACAGGAGGAAAUUGUUUUAUUUAUAAUGGGCAAUUCCACAAAUUAAUGGUAGGUCUGUAUAGGAGGCAACAAUCUGCCAUUAGCAUCUGCUUUUACUUUUGAUAGAAACAGUAAUUCUGGACUGAGACUACCUUCUGCAUUUCUCUUCUUAAGAUAAGCACCCAAAUAUAACUUCUUUAUAUUAAUUGGAGAAAAAGCUCUAUUUUAGGAUCUUUUAGUACCAUGGUUUAGCUCAUUGGUAGCACUAAAAAGCUGGAACCACACACCUCAAGAAUUAAGGACCCAAGAGUGUCUAGUGACUUAUCAAGACUAAACAUAGCAUUAUUAGCAAAUAUAAUUACAAUAUUUGGUGGGAAGACAGGUCAAAUAGAGGUUCACAGAUUUCCUAUUUACAAAGCUCAUGUAGGACUUGUACUCUAUUUGGUAGUAUGUUGAACACUGGAAUAAUAUGACUACUCAAUUUUACUUUGAUGUGAAAGAAGUUGAGUGAUAUUGUGGUGUCCCAGCAAUAUCAAUAGCCAACAAGUGAAGGUAGGGAAGAGUAAAAAUUAACCUUGAAAGAGAUUUUAUAGUUAAAUUUCAUUCCCUUUCUCACUAUUUAUUCCUGUUGCUUUAAAUGUCCUAGGAAACAAUUCCUCUCCUUUUUAUCCUGUUUAACCUCUUUAAAAAAUGCUUUAAAAAAAAGGACCACAUAAUUUAUUAACUUUCCCUCCUUGAUUCUUGAAUAGCCCUUUGUACUUGAUUUAAUGUUUCUAUAUAUUUGCACUAUAGUUCUGUUUACAUUUUGUGUAUAUUUCAUAUCCUAAAUGAUUGUAUACUAUGAGAAUAAUUGCCUUAAUUGCAUUUUAUCUAUCACCUAAUUUAAUAAAUGGCCACUAAAUGACUGGAAAAUCUUAGUAACUCAAAUUUCUAAUACUGCUUUAUUUUCUCACACCAAUCAAUAAAUUCUGUAUGCAUUUUU